AUGAUCGACGAAAACAGCAGGGAUCGUGUUUCAGUUGCAUUACCGCUGAGCAGCAUCAACCGGUAUGUGGACAAGGCGUGCGAGACGAGCCGGUGCCUCACUGAGGCGGAGGAGGUUUAUUAUGCGGGCCACGUCUUUGAGUGCGCCGUCGAAACAGCUGAGAACGCUCGUUUCGACUUUCUGGCGUUCGUCUUGCAAACGACUGCUAUCAACAGUGCUCCUCAUGAAGUGAAGAUUACUGUUUGCGACGCGGUGGUAGAUCGAGCCAGCUGUUCGUGCAAAGCAGGAAAAUACAAGUGUAAACACAUUGUAGCUGUACUGCUGCAUAUUAAUGCUGCCAGGACUUUCGACAAACUCUCGCCAACUGACCAGCCACAGAAGUGGGGCAAGGAGCACAAAGAGCGUGUUAAACAAAAGUAUGAGCCAAGAGCUAUAGUCGACCUUCCAUGUGCAAAGAAGGCAAAAAUCAAAAAGACUCCCCAGCUGGAAGGCAACAUACUUGAAAGACUUCUGGAAAAUGUCAGCUAUCAAUCUGCAGCAAAAAUGCACUUAGACAGAGCAACAGAAGCCAUGUUGGAGCCAACCAUAGAACCAGGAUGUUCUACGUCUGAGCCAGCACCCAGAGACUUAACACUCAUUGGUUCUUUGAAGGAGUUAAGAAGUUUUCUUGGCAUCAGUGGUGAAGUGACAACAGAAGAGCUACUUCAACACUUGCAGGAAAGCAAGAGUCACGAAGACAUUUUAAUGAUUGAAAAGUUAACACGAGAUCAGGCAAAAUCUAGUCUCUGGUUGCGCCACAGGGUAGGCAUGAUCACAGCUUCUAUUGCCUACAGCAUAUUUACCCGUGUAAAGACGCUGAGGACAAAGAUGGGCCCGCAUGAUUUGAGGCCCUUGCUAAAAAAAGUGAUGCGGCAGAAUAAUGUCCGUACAGCAACAAUGCGUCGUGGCAGUGCACUCGAAGGCAGUGCAAGAAAAUGUUAUCAAAGCCAGCGAGCCACUCAUGAAAAUUUGGUUGUGAGGCAGUGUGGACUUUUCAUUAUGGAAGGCCGUCCUUACAUGGGUGCAAGUCCAGAUGGAUUAGUAAAGUGCAACUGUUGUCCUGAGCGGGUAUUGGAAAUCAAAUGCCCUGAAUCCAUCAAAAAAUUCUUGGAAGAGAAUAUGGAGAAAAACAAAGAAAAGGCUUUGACUCAGAACCUAAAGCGUGCAACCACAUAUUUCUGCCAAGUGCAGGUACAAAUGGGCAUCACGGCAGUUCAGCAUGCAGAUUUGUUUGUGUUUGUCAAUGAAGAAGAUAAUAUUUGCAUUCCAGUGCUAUUUGAUGAGGCAUAUUUCAGGGAUGUGGUUGAAAGAUCUUCCUAUUUCUUUGAGCAGUACAUACUGCCACAUGUUCUUUCUACAUGA